UGCUGCCUGCAGGGAGCCAACAGCUGCCGCCCGCUGCGCCCGGCGCUGGGCUGGGUCCGCCAAGGAGUAACCGAGGCAAACCGGAGGCAGGCAGCCGGGCAAAGUCGUCAUGCCCGCCAGUACCCCCAGACCCUCCCUAGGAGCAGCCGCUACGGGGAAGCGGAUGAUAUUUACAGGCCCAGAUGCUAUUCGUGAUUACAGAACAAAGCUCCCUGAGUAUACUCGCUACAUCGGAGCAACCACUCCAGCACAAGGGGCCACCAGUGACCUUGAGUACUUGUGGCGUACUGCCCCCUGGACAACUUCUGUAUUGCCCCACAAACGUUCCUACCCUGGACAAAUUGGCUGGGGAGUAACAGAAUUUAGUUAUCUCAACAGAGGAAAUCUGCUCAGUGGCAUGCAGAUUAAGACUGGAGAAUUCCGUCAGGCUGCUGAAGAUGAGAUAACUCAUCGAUACCAGAAUCCAUGGCAGCCUCCACCCAAUAUUCUUGAUCUACAAGGCUCCAACACAAGGGGCAGGCUUGCUUGGAAUUGCACUGACUAUGACAACUUCUAUCACGCUGAUGGCAAAUGGGCUGCAAUGACCAGGGAUAGCUGGUCGUCAAAGGGAUCUGCGCUUCCCAGCUUAAAGAACUACUGGCAGUUCUACGGAGACAGGACAAGAUCUACUGCCCAAACAGGCAUCAUACAGCUCCCUCCAACUGGUUUUUAUAUACCUCAGCCCUGGCUUCUUGUUUCCCUAAGCCAGCCCCCACUUUCUUGAACCUCAAAACACCCAGUCUCUCAUUCCUCUCCUCAACUACUCAAUAACUCAGUAACUUUUCAAAAUCUCUCCUUUUUAAAAGCAAGCAAUACAACUCUCCACCACAAAUAUAUAUAUUGUGGAGUUAGGAAACUUCAGUGCCAGAGAGGCUACUGAUAAGAGCUCAGCUGUUCUCAGUGGUGGCAGAUGAUAGAACAAGGAGCAAUG